GCUGUCACAAUGGUGGUUGGGGUGCGAUGCAGAAUUAACACUGUCGGCAUAGAAUUACUGAGAGGUACAAUUAAUCAAGAUUCGGCGUUGACGUUGUGGCCUCUGAUUAUUCGAGAGACAUAUGGGAUUGAGGAUUGCGACCUUUACGGUGUAGCCUUAAAUGGAAACUACCGAAUGUUCGUGAAACUGCUGUCAUCACAGGUGUAUGAGGAUCUACUUGCUCAUUAUCAGGAUGUUGCUAUCGAGGUUAACGAGGACAUCCUGGUAAAGAUGGUCGAUGUUUCGAGUCAAUUUACUUAUGUAAAGUUACGUAAUGUGCCUUUCGAGGCAAAUGAAGCUGACCUACGUAGUGUGUUCGGGAAGUUUGGAACUGUACACGUAGCUCAACAAGGCAAGUGGACGGCAGGGGCUUAUGUGGGUUAUCCAGAAGGUAGUUUUAGCCUAAAGAUGACUCUGAGGCAACCUAUACCUUCGUAUGUGUUCUUAGAGGAAUUUAAGACACAAAUACUUGUAACUUACGCUGGCCAACGUAGAACUUGUAGACUGUGUGAUGGUUAUGAUCACAUAGCGGCUGAAUGUGUGCGGCGGAGGACUGGCCAGGGAAUACCAAGGAGUGACAUUUCGAGGCGAGGACCUACAGUGACUGAUCAGAACCGCCAGGAUGGACGUAGGCGUGAUCGGUUGUGGAGUGAGGAAGUGGAGGAAAUGCAACAUGAGGUGGAGCAUGAGGGUGCAGUUCAGCAAUUGAGUGAUGCACGAAGCGGACAAGGACGUACCGAAUGA